AUGCACCGAACCGGUUUGGUGCAGUACAACUGUGUCUUUGACGGGCUAGUCAAGAAUGGCAGUGGCAAGUAUUUUCCGAAGUUUACUGCCAAAGACUACUCCUCUGUCUAUUGCUCGAUGGUUGUUGAACUCAAGAAUGUCAUGAAGGAUGCGUAUCACGGCCCUAAGUUGACACGACAGCUUCAUGAGUGGGCUGCAGAAGGAUGGGCGCAAUCCUGCGGAGUUGACGGCAAGGACACAUCAAAGCAUCAUCAUUUGCGGGUCCUGCUUGAUUAG